AUUUAAUAAGGAAAGAUAGUUGUAGGGAUAUUCUAUUUAAAUUGUAGAAAAAAAAUAAUGAUAAAUAUAAUAUAAUUUAGAAAUAAAGAAAUUCUAAUUAAGCGAUAAUCCGAAGGUUGAGGUAUUUAAAUACCAUUGUGCCGAAAAACAAAGAAAGAAAUCCUAAUUUCAUUCGAAAGAAAGCCAUGGAGAUUACGGAUUGGGUUAGUGGGCUUCCAUCCGAUAUUGGUAAGACAAUCUUCUCCAAACUUCUUGUUUCCAAUUUACCAGCUUGUAGAGUUGUAUGUAAAGCUUGGAAUGAGUUGAUUUUAGAUCAUGCUUCCUCAGCUUCUAAAUUCCUUACAAAUGAUUUCAUUCUAUUUACCUGUGAUGUACUCCAUCCCUUCCCCUGUCCUGAUAAUCAUACCAAUCCCAACAUGCAUUGUUUACGUUUUGAUAAUUUAGAUUUGGAUUUGGAUUUGGAUUUAGAAUUGGAAGUGAAUAAAUCCUCCAGCUUUGAGGCCGGCGUCGUUUACAAACUCAUUAAUUCUUGCAAUGGCCUCCUGCUUAUCUACAAACUCCCUCUUUGUUUCCCCGGCGAAUUCCUUUUGCGUGUCGGCAUAUUUAAUCCAAUGACCAAUGAGUUCUUCCAAGUUCCUCAUGAUGAGAUUGUUGAGUACCAUUAUGGGUUUGGUUUCAUCCCUGCCACAAAGCAGUACAAAUUAUUUAGAGUCAACUUCCCGCUUAAUGUACGGCCGGAAGAACCCAAUUCUGUUUCUCACUUGGAUGUUUUGACGUUUGGUAGAAGUGAAAUCAUCGACCCUAAACAAUCCCAAUGGAGACGUCUUUACUCCCUACCUGGUGGCGUCGAGAAUCAUGGUGCUCAUGUGAAUGGAGUUAUCUAUUGGUUGGGAGAAGGAAAAGAACAAAAUGAGUAUGUGGUGUAUACUCUCGACGUUGAAACUGAAAAAAUUCAAUUAAGUGCUGUCUUGGAAGUUGUCAAUCCCAUGUGGAUGUCUAUACAACAAUUUAAUGGUACUGUUUAUGCAGUUUUUCAUAUGGAAGAAGCAACUCAAGUGUGGAGGAUGCAGGAGAAAAACUCAUGGAUUAGAGAUUUUGUUAUUGAUGAUUGCAACCUUACUCUCGUGAAAGCCUAUGAAAAUGGUGAGAUGUUGUGUAUGGUCAAACCAACCGUUUUUUGGUUGUAUAAUCCUUCAACCGGGAGUAAGAAGGUUCUAUCACUCAGGAAUGAGAAAAAGAUAUUUUUAGGCAUUUGUCACCUAGAAUUGAAUUUUGGCUCUCUUCUAAACAUUUUGGCCGGUGAUGAGAGUGUUGAUGAAGUUCUAAUUAAGAGAAACAAAGCAAAGAGAAGCAGAAGCAAAGCAAAGAGAAGCAGAAGCCAUGGAUGAAUAAUAUACAGCAAUGUGGAGUGAUGAGAAGUGCUUGAAUUUGGUAAGGUAAAUCUUUUUUAACUAAACUAUGUUGACAACUUAUAUAAGUAGACGAUCAAGAUAGUCUAGAGCACGGCGAUGAAACAUCAGGAUCCCAAAAUCAAUGUUAUUGAGAAAGAGGGAUAGUGUGAGUGAUUAGGAGUUAUUUUCUAUGAGUUAAUUCUCAUUCUUUCAGUAUCCAUUUAUUUAUAUAUGGGACAAUUUUAAAAAUAAUAAAAUAAAUUAAAAUA